CCACUCUCUUUUUCUUCUUCUUCAUUUUGAGAUAAAUGUCGAAGCCUUGGUAUAAAAAUUACAAACCUUUGCAAGAAUGGCAGUACUUGAAGGUUAAAAUUUGGUCUGACGAAGAUCUUGACGUGCAAGUCACCGAACUCUCCUUUCGAAUGAGUAUUCAACAAGCAUUAGAGACGAUCUUUGGACGCGUUGGUGCCUCUUGUUACAUUAAUAUCUUGGACUGGAGCCAAUAUCACAACGAGGGCAUUAUCAAGGUGAAACAAAGUGAAUUAACAACAGUUUGGUCUGCCAUGUUGACUCACCAAUUCACCAUUGCAAAUAAACUUUGCACCCUGGAUAUCAUUUCUUCCUCUGCUCACUUGAUCAGUCUAGCAAAUUAAAAUACCUCCGUUUUUUUUUUAUUGUACAUAUCAAAUAAAUUUUAUUUUAUUAAUUUAAAAAAG